AUGAAAACAAAAACAAAAGCUAAGUUGCGUCUGACCAACAUCAUCAGUAACCUGAAUAAACUUGGGGCUGCUAACAAGAGCAGGAGUGAGACUUUAUCCCCACAAGGGGUGGACACUGUUGACAGCGGUCUCGACAAAAAGAAGUUGUCGCACGCUCACACGAAAACACAAAAUUCUGUUUCCCCUGACAACAAACCCUCGCAUGACUUGGACAACCUGCGGAACUCACUUGUGCAGGACGGGGAGCGAGGCAACAACAGCAGGCAACAGCUAGAUGAAAAACUCUUGAGAGAAAAAUACAAGAAUCUGAUUGACCCCAGGUCUCCUGAUAUCGACUCUGAUCUUGAGCGCGAGGGGAUUGCACCUGACAGCCCCACAGAUCUUGGUAUUUCGCACAGACUUCCCAGCAACAUCGCAGCAUUCUCGUCAUCAUUUGAAACGGAGGAAGCCAGACUCAGAUAUUCAUUAGACUCGGCAAAUUUUGUCCGCGAUCGUCUCGGCCUGCAAUCAGGAACCGGUCUCCAACAAUACAGCGAUGAGCUCGCACGUAACAGGUACUCUUUACAAGAGCGAGGACAGGAGCUAGCGCGGGACCAGAAUUUACACUCACCAGGCCGAGACAGUGACUCCCCAAGCCAGCCAACCAGCCCUGACUCCAGCUCCCUCCAGGUAUCACCAUUUCGCAGUCCCGGGGGAUCUAGAUCAGCCCACAGUUUAUCGUUCGAGGACGCUGACACAAACAACUUCCUGCCACGUGUCAAGGAGGGCCUGUACUUUUGCCAUCUCUGUAGCUUUUCAGGUACGACCCAGGCUGACUUUGAUCUUCAUAUGACCGUGCAUUUCGAGCAUGUUUGUCCCAAUUGUGAUUACAAAUCGCGUACGGAGGGACGAUUGAAGAGGCACAUUAAGGAUUUCCACACGGAGGACAUCGACGGGGGAUACGGAGCCAGGACGAUGCCGGGCCGACCGAAAGUCUUCCGCUGCAAGCAGUGCGAGUAUUCAACUACUGAAAAGAUUGACUUCUGGACGCACUCACGUUCACACAUCAAGGAGGAUAAACUGCUUCAGUGUCCACGAUGUCCGUUCGUCACUGAAUACAAGCACCACCUGGAGUACCACCUCCGUAACCACUUUGGCUCAAAGCCAUUCAAAUGCCCCAAGUGCAACUACGCGUGCGUGAACAAGUCCAUGCUCAACUCUCACAUGAAGUCGCACACCAACGUGUAUCAGUACAGGUGCGCAGACUGCACAUACGCCACAAAAUACUGCCACAGUCUAAAGCUUCAUUUACGCAAGUACAACCACAAACCAGCGGCCGUGCUCAACUCUGACGGCAGCCUCCCACAGGGUAUGGAUGCCACUAACUCAGGGCUCUCCCUGCUGGCAAAGCGGGGCCCACCGCGGGGGCCCAGGGGACCGAGGAAGGAUAAACAUGAGAUGCCAGAGAGUCAGGGGGGUUACCUGUCCCUUCCCCCUUCACCCCUUGGCCCCCUCCCAGGGAUGCAAGGUAUGCAAGGGAUGCUUGCCCCAUUCUGGCCGAUGAUGCAGAUGCAGGGCAGAAUACCCCAUCCACUCAGCUUUGGUCAACGAUUCAACUCGCCCAUGGCUGGGUUGUCUCCCCUUGGUAUCAAAUCUGAAGACAGAGGAAUGAAAUCCCCACCCACAUCUGGCGUAGGCUCAGCAAACAUCCUUAAGUGCAAUUUCUGUAGUUUCAUCGCCACAAGUAGAGAAAUCCUCACAGGUCACAUUAUGAAGCUUCAUGCAUCAGACCAGAAGGACCUGUUUUCCAUGUUUGGUCUGUCAUCUGAAGCCCUACUAGAUGAGAGCCACAAGCGACAUGCCCCUCACCCAGUGUAUUCCUCUCCAGCCAAGAUGCCUAGACUGGACGCCAAGUUUAACCCUGACCUCCAUAUCAAGAAGGAGAGAGAGGAAGUAGUCAAUAAAGCUCCUUUUGAGAAAGACGUGAUGUCCAGGUAUCCGUUUAUGAGUGGGAAAUACGGCAACAGCGGCGUGGUCAUGAAGGACGAUGGGAUCGAUAUUUUGAAAGAGAUGACACUGAAAUUUGGAGCAGGUCUUCUAGACCAGAAACGUAAACACUCAUUGUCAUCACCUCUGAUCUCCAGCUCAAAAACUAUGAAAAAUGAUGAUAAUAACAUGUCGUCUGACAGUCCCCUUGACCUGACCAAGCCACGUAGUCCCCCAUCUGUCUCCAGUCUCCAGCAGAAUACAUCCGCUGCCAUGAAACACAAAUUUGCAGAUGAAGUUGAUGAGCACUCAAGUGGAGAGAAUUCUAUCUAUUCAGUCCACUCUGGGAAUGGAGUAAGCUCCCCUUAUUCAAGGUCAGAAUUGCCGUCUCCCCCAGCCAGAAAAAGGUCGAGGAAAGGUCAGGCGUUCAAGCUUGAUGCUCUGUGUAUGAAGCUACAGUCAAACCAGGGUGCCAUGUACAGUGAGGAAGAUUCGGACGCCGAGAUAGCAGAAAUGUAUUCAUCUGAUCGUCUUCCCAUGGAAAAUAAUAUUCAUACUGACCGAAAAGCUUACAAUCCUAGUGUAGAAAAUGAGGAAAAAGUCACUAAAGUUGAAGAAACUGUGGAAGAGAAAACAACUGUUGAAGGGGACAAACAACACGGAAUAGAGAGGGACAGUAACGAGGGAAGAGUUGACGUUGAUUCCAUCGAUGAUGUAGAUGGAGAAAUGAAGCUGGGAAAAGAUGAAGAUAAGAACAACUCUGUUAAGCAAGACCUGAAGAGUUUACAUUACAAGCUGGCUAUGUUGAAUGAGCAGAUUGAUCGCAACGAGAAUCAACUCGCUAGUGACGACAACAUUGGUGACUCGCACGAUAAUGACAGUCGGAGUGGGGAGUCCUCAGGUGAGGAAAAACCAGAGAGAAAAUCGGUUUCGCCGCCUGUGUUCCCAUCCCAGAGUCGCCGAAAGCAGAUUCCUGCCGCCAUUCAGCGCGGGGCCGAUAUUGCCUGGAAAAUGUUGAAUGAUCCGCACAUGGGUGAUCCAAGUUUGUUUCUAAAAAGCGGAAACGGGAAACAGAAGCUUGAAAUGACCCCACUCGAUAAGAAGCUCUGGUUCGAGGCUCCCGAGUGCACCAAUCCUCAGCAGAAUUCGGAGAGGGGCGUGUUUGAAUGUCCCUACUGCAAGAUAUCCUUUGGUGAUUGUAUCAUGUACACGAUGCACAUGGGUUACCAUGGUUACAAGGACCCAUACAAGUGUAAUAUGUGCGGAGACACGUGCAAGGACCGGGUGGAAUUCUUCCUCCACAUUUCUAGGGCUGCACACCACUAAAUUUGCCAUGUUAGCCGGUUCACUUCGAGACAUUUAUGAGUUAUUGCUUUGUGAGUUAUUGUUUUUAAAUCCAUUUUUACCGACCUUCGAUGAUUUGUACUUGUUAUAUUAUGCACCAAGACUGUUAACAUAUGAAAAACUUGUUUUGUUGCUGAAUAGAGAGCUUAGAUAAUAGUCGUUUUUACUAUUUAUUGGAACAAGAGUUAAUCAAUAUAGCAAGUUGAGUUCUUGGUACCAUCAAUAGGAAGAUCAAAAGAGCAAUUUGAAUUCUUGUUGCUAUUCAUUGGAACUUUCCUUAAGAAGGGUAGAAGUGACAUAUUUUUGAUAUUUUUUCAUGCACAAUUUUCAUUAUGAGUCUAGUGAUUGCAUAUUGGUAACUUGAUUGUGUUAACCUUAUUAAGAAUUUUGUUGAUGUGAAUGCUUAUGUUACAGAUUUUAUCUUAACUUUAAAAGAAGUAUUUCAGAAGACUUCCCUUCUAUUUACAUGUAUAAUUAUGCAUUGACUUACAAACAUUCAGCAAAGUGUUUUGUCUCAUGGUUUAUUUUUAUGAAGCAAGCAAUUUUGCUUGAUUUUCAAAGUAACACUUGUGGACUGGGGCAGGCCAUAAGCAAUAUAAGAGUUAUUUUGGCCGGUCAAGGAUAGGAUCCAGACCCAUGACAUUUUGCAGGUUAAAGGGACUGGUUCACUUCAAACUGACCAAACUGUGUGUAAACAGACAUGAUAUACAUAAGUGUUAAUAUCUAUUGAAACAAUAAAAGAAAAUGCAAAUGUCAUUUAGUUGUUAAGUGCUAAAAUAAGCAAGGAUGGAACAUGAGUUUGUUAACAAGACUUCAUGUAUUUAUGUCUGUUCUUGCGCAAUUUUGUCAGUUUGAAACUUUGUGUUUGAAUUAAUUGACAAAAAAAGUUGGUUAUAUAACUAACAGUUAUUGUCUUCUCUGUAAAAGUUGAACAUCAGUAUUUUGUGGGAAAGGGCUUGGAUGUUGUCUGUCUCCCACUUUUAAAUGUUACUUUGUUUUAUUAUAUAUUCCAUAUGAAUAUUAUUAGUCAUUUUAAUACUAUUUUUGAUUGAUUAUUACUAUGAUUUGUUAGCGAAUAUUGUUGCUUUGAUUUGUUAAAAUAUGUACAAAAAACUUCUUAUCAAACUUAUGUUACAUGAAUCACACGUUGAAUAUGACACGACCAUUGUAUAUUAUACACUUUAAUCAGCAUUAAUGAAAUUUGCAUACACAUGAUAUUUGAUGAUAUUUGUUAUUUAAACGCAAUAAUUAUGUCUGUCUGAAUUAUUUCCAAUUAUAUUAAUUGUGUGCUUUUAUGUCAUAGCUGUUCCUAGUCACGUAUUUUAUUGCACUCUAUUUGAUAUUCAUUUUAUAAUCAUGUUUUAUCAUUAUUGACAUCAUUAUACAAUUUUUCAUACAAUUAACCAGAAACAUAUAAUGUACAUUCCAUUAUUUUUCCAUUGUUUAAAUUUUGUGAAGGUACUAAAUAUUAGAGGAAUGUAAAUAUAUUAACCACAACUUCAUAAAAUGUCUAUUGUGCCUUUUAAAAGGAUGAAUAAUGGUGACUUUUUUGUUUUGUUUUAAAUUUUGUAUUUUUUUCUUUAGAAGAGAAUUUGAGACUUAUGAAGAAAACUCUUUCUAAGAUAAUAAUAAUUUUAAACUUUCGGGGUUUAUGAAAUAAUUUUAAAGCUGGAAAACUGGCUCAUAUUAUAUUAAUGAAAUAUGAUACUUAAAUAUACUAUUAAGAUAUUUUCAAGAAAUUGAGGUCAGCGAAAAACAUGAACUCCAUUUAAAAACUAAAGUAUAAGGGAGGUAAUUCACUUAUUGUUGUCGCAAAUUUAAUAAUCAAGUUGUCACCCUUGUUACUUUGAAAUCCAUUUUGUUAGAAGACUGUGUUAUAUUUCCUUGCCACGUAAUUAUUGGUCCAACUCAGGGAUAGCCUAGAACAUUAUUUAAUUUUUGUACAUAGUUAGAGUAGGAAUUAGAAUCUAGUUUAUUAGUUUGCAUUGGAGCUGAAUUUGGCCAUUCCCUAGAAUGGCAUUUAUUUUAUAAAUAUCAACUCGACUCAACUCUGAACAUAAUUUUUUUAAAUAUAUCAAUUUUGCAUAUGAUAAUAAAUUGAAGAACCAUUUAAAGAUAUGAAACUUUGUAAUGGUGACAUCAAUAUCGUAUGAAAUUAAAUUAUUUAAAUUAAUUAAAAAAAUAAUAGAUUGUUUUUUUAUUUCUAAAAAAAAGUUUUAUCAUUUUUAAUCACUUAUUUUGAUAAUCUUGUAGGAGAUUUAAUAUUAGCAAUUGAUUAUAUAAUAUGUCGAUUUUUUAAUAGAAUUGGGAAGAAACUUUUGAAAAAAAUCUUAUUUUACUUUUUUAAUUGUUUGUUUAUAACUGUAAACGAUUAUGUAAAGAAAUCCAAACUGUUAUUUUUACAAUCAUAAUAUCAAUAAGUUACUUAGUACCAAUUGUAACUGAUUUUAUGAUCGGUCUUGUUAACAAUAUUUUAUUCUCGCUUUAUACAAGGCGUUAUCACAAACACCCUUCUCAACCGGCCUGGCUCAACCUAGUUCAUAGCAUAAAACAUAUAAACAUGCUUUGUACCAAUACAACAUUUGCAUUCAGUUUGCUCAUACAUGUAUAUCUUACAGAAAUCCAGUAUAAACAUGGGGUUCAUAUCAAGCUAGAUUUUUAAAAAACGGAAGAUUGGAGAAUUUUAGUUUUUUCUAUCAUAAAAUAUUUUCUGUUCAAUUAUGCAGCUGAAAUAAAACAACCCCACAUGGCUAUAUCAUCUGCAAAUAGCAACAUAAUCAAUACAAUAUCAUCAAUACUUGAACUGGAAUUGAUGCUACAUGUAUAUUGCAUGAAUAAUUCUAAGUCCUCUUCAAACAGGGAAUAAGUACAGGGAGAUAACCUCCCCUUGUCACAGGCCAACGGCAUACCUUAAGUAUUCAGAUUAUGAUGCACAUGGGUCAAAAAAGGGAAAAGUUUGAAAGUUUAGGAAGCUAUCUUCUCCCAAUUUUUCAUCUAGCUUGAUUCCUGGAUCAUGAUCAUAAGUUAUUAUCUACCUCAAACAACAGCCUAAAGGCCGAGACGCAAUUUUGUAUAAACUACUAAAUUUUGUAUAAUUUUGCGUUUAUUUUUUGGUCUGUAAAAUGGCUGCCAGUUUUGUGUGUACAUAAUGUAUGUAUCUUUCUCGGGGAAAGAGAUAUUUAUGGGAUUGUGCAUUGUAGAAUUUUGAUAUUUGAAAAACAUGCAAAAAAUCCAGUAAACUUUCACAAUAUUGAGUCAAGGUUAUUGAAAACAACUAUUCUAUUGGAGCCAUCUUCACAACAAAUUUUAAAAACUCCAAAACUUUGUAUGAUCUAAGUUCACUUAAAAUAAGAUAAGAUCUAUUUUUAGUCAGCAAUAUUUUAACAGUUCAACAUAGACUUGUGUGAGCUUUUUGACGGAACUUGUUUUUAACAUACCGAGUAUGAUGUAACAAAUGUUUUAGCACUGCAUUUGCAAAGUGGCAUACCACUGUAGAUUCUUAAAUGUCAAGAAUAAGGAUUGAGAAAAUUUUGAUAACCGUGAAAAUAAUGAUAACGAUGAAAAGAAAUACAUUACAUGCUACUGUAUAAGAACUGUUUCUUUAAUGUCAAUGUUUGUUUAAUAAUAAUGUAUAUAAAUAUUAUAUUCUGUUGUCAUACAAACUUUUCUCUGAAAUCUGUAAAAACUCACAAUUGUUCAAGCAAAUGCCAUGUGUAUUAUUUCUGACUGUUAAACUGAACUAUUACUCUAGCAUUUAUUGUAGAUGGGCUCAGAGCCGGACAAGCCCAACUCCAUACCAUGUGUAUGAAUAGGAGUUACGUUUGUUUUACCCUAAGCCCUCGUUUUAUAGUCAUGUGUAUACUUUUAGACAUUGUCCUUGUUAUUAUAAAUGUGCUCUUAUUGUAAUAAACAUAUACUCUUGA